UCCACAUCGUUCCUGCGCCGCUGCCAGCCCAAGUCGGUCGGGCCGACCACUUCUGCAUAAAGUGCGUACCGUCGUCCUUGGACUCGAGCCGCAUUCUCGCGUGCCAUCUCCCACUGAUAGCCCGGAUCAGACAUCAGAGCGCUAUGGGUCGCUCCAACGACAAGAUGGGCGACGACAUCGAGUACGGCAACCCGCUCAAGGCCGAGGACACCAACCCGCAAGGCCAGGCCGAUGCCGUUUUUGGUGAGGUCGUGGAGGGAGGACCCAACUACCGCAGCGUCAACUGGUGGGCUUCGUCCAUCAUCAUGAUGAAAACACAGAUUGGUCUCGGUGUGCUGUCGAUUCCCGCCGCCUUCGACGCCCUAGGCCUCAUUCCGGGCAUCAUCUCACUGCUUGCCAUUGGAUUGAUCACGCUGUGGUCUGGCUACAUGGUCGGCACAUUCAAAAUGCGUCACCCAGAGACGUACGGCAUCGAGGACGUGGGGCAGAAGCUAUUUGGGCGCGCCGGCCGAGAGGUGCUCGGCCUGGCCUUCGCUUUGUUGUGGACAUGCGUCGCUGGCUCCGGUAUGCUGGGCAUCUCGAUUGGAUUGAACUCGUUGUCUGAACAUGGCACGUGUACUGCUGUCUUCGUGGCUGUAGCCUGCUUUGUGGGCUUUGCGCUUGCUUCCAUCAAGACCUUGGGCAAGCUCUCUUGGAUUGCAUGGGUUGGUCUUGGUGGUAUCAUGUCAGCCAUCAUCACCCUCACCGUCGCAGUCAGCAUCCAAGAUCGCCCCUCUGCGGCACCUCAAUUUGGCCCCUGGCAAUCCGACUUUGAGCUCUUCAAGUCGCCCACCUUUGCCGAGGCCGCGGCUGCUCUAUCCAGCAUCGUUUUCGCCUUCUGCGGCAUUCCUGCCUACUUCAACGUCGUGUCUGAGAUGAAGGACCACAAGGACUAUUUCAAGGCCCUGUCGCUGUGUCAGUUCGUCAUGACCUCCAUCUACAUCGCCAUCGGCGUCGUCGUGUACUACUACUGCGGAUCGUACGUCGCCUCGCCUGCGCUGGGAUCCGCAGGUGUCUUGAUGAAGAAGGUGUGUUACGGCCUUGCACUUCCCGGUCUGCUGGCCUCGGUCAUCCUCGUCACUCAGUUGGUCGCCAAGUACUUCUUCAUCCGCACCCUGCGCGGAACAAAGCACCUCAGCCACCCCACCGCUAAGCACUGGAUCACCUGGUUUGGCUUCACUGCCGCUGUCUCCCUGUCCGCCUACAUCAUUGCAUCCGCAAUUCCUGUCUUUGGUGGUCUAGUCUCGCUCGUGGGCGCACUUCUAGGCACCCUAAUGAGCUUCCAGCCCAUGGGCUGCAUGUGGCUGUACGACAAUUGGCACCGGUCCAACCGCGACUGGAGGUGGAAGGGCAUGGUUGCUUGGUCCAUCUUCGUGAUUGUGGCUGGCACAUUCCUUCUUAUUGGUGGUACUUAUGGUUCUAUUGUCGGCAUUAUUGACUCGUACAACAAGAAUGGCGGUACCAAGCCUUGGACGUGUGCGGAUAACUCUAAUUCAAGCGGUGGCCACUAAGAGAGGCUGCCAGAGGGGGGUUCAAGCUUGUUUAGUGCUCUAGUCCAAAUCUUCCAGCGUUAUAUGUAAAGUUAAAAUACAAAUACUUUAUAUAAUGUAGUCUAGCAUGUCUUGUAUCCUAGAUACUAGAGUGCAGCGAUGGAGGCUAUAUAGAAGAAGCGGGUGUUUAAAUUUAGAUACU